UCAGUGAUCACAUAGAAAUGAAUGUGCGGCAGCAGGAAAUGUAAGUCACAGUCGGAGUCCACCUUUAGUUUCUGGCAGGGAGGGGGGAGCCGGCAGCUGCAGAAGGAGAGCUGGUAUGUAACGGAGACGUAACGGAGACCGUAUUUGUACUAUCAAAGGGGGAGUUGAGCCAGAGGAUCGAUCGGGUUUUUUUUUAGCAGUGUAGCUUUUUUUCAUGCCUGGUUUCUGGGAGGGAGGGGGAGUGACAGAAUGUUUAAAAAAUCACUGCGACGUGCUGCUGUGACUUCGGCUCCACUUCUGCUCUUUGCUGCGGGCCAAUUAAAAUUGGAUCGCGGGCCGCAUUUGGCCCGCGGGCCGUAGUUUGGACACCCCUGAUGCAGAGUGUCAUGUCUCCAGCAUAAGCCUUCAAAUAUGCCUUCAUAUUUCACAAUCUAUUUGCUCGGAGCUCCCUCCGCUGGACACUUGCUGUAAGUGUACAACGUCACUUCCUUUAUAUUCAUUCUACACCUCCAUAAGGCUUAUGGCAGAAUUUGGACUAAUCAGGCUACCGUACGCCCACCACGUGACCUAGAGCAAUGCCUUGUGGGAGCCAGGACUCCAUUUUACAGACCAUGCUGCUGGAAGAAGCACACAGUUCUGCAUCUCCCCUUUAUGAUAGAAUCGUUGGUGAACAAGCAUCAUGUAGAGACCAAUAUAUGGACCUUGAUGCCCCUGGGAGGAAUUAUGAGAGUUCAUGGCUUCAUCGUCACUGUACGUCAUCCACUACUCUUCACAGACGGGCAAAAAAACCUGACAGUUAUCUGGUCUCUUUGGUAUGAAUCUCAUGUUUAUGGGAGGUACUCUGGUUACCGGCGUGGCACUGAGUAACAAUGCUGUGCCAGAAGGAGACUUCCUUUGCAUCCUAAUGUUGUUUAGCUCAAUUUGGUCGCUCUACCAUCUACUGUAUGUCCGUAAGAUUAAUUAUGCUGCACUUCACCAGGACCACCAUGCAGGAGCUCUAUGGCUAAAAGCCUCCCUUGCCCUUUUUGGGAUAUGCAGCAUCCUGCUGUCCAUCUUUAAGAUUGGCCACGUCGUGUUACUGCUGCACUGCCAAUUUCCAAUGGAUAUCAUCUACAACUGCAUGGAAAUACUAUUUGUCAGUGUCCAGACUGUUCUGCUAUGGAUUUCCUGCAAGGAUUGUAUUCAGCUGCAGCACAAUGUUACCAGCUGUAAUUGAUGAUUCUCUGGAGCAAGAUCUGGCGAUCUUACAAGGAAACGCAACACAAGGGAUGCUCUGAAUCCAGGAUUCGG